AUGUCUGUUGAGUGUGAGGCAAUCGCUUCAGCGAUUGCGGCAUUUCAGGUUCGUGCAACCUGGGCAGCCCAUAAAAAGAAAAAUAUGCUGCCACCGAUGAACGGGCUGAGGGAACUCAAAUCUCAAUCAAAAGGGAAAGAUCCAAGCCUUGAGAUGAGAAAUAGUGUCCGUAAUGAAUGUGAAAUCGUGGAUAAUAAUAAGGGUUCCGCAUUCACCACUGUUAAGGAUCGGGGGUGUCUAACUCGUUUUGAAUGUGAGUCUAACUAUACUAUUCACUCGCUCACCGCAUGGGUUGAACUGAUUAUUUCUGAUGAAAUUAUUGACAAGGUAAAUGAGGAAAAACAAGAUGAGUUCAGGCGCAUAGGAAAGGAACUUCAUAAGGAAAGCCAGUACAUGCUAAAACUCCUCGAGCCGCAUCUCAAAUUUUUAGGCGAGGGUGUCUGCCACAACGAUUUACUUAGUGCAAACUUUAUGCGACACAUGACGACAGGAAAGCUGAAAAUUAUUGACUUUGAUUAUACCAAGCGAAACUUCCUUUUAUUUGAUCUUGCCAACCACUUUAAUGAAUAUACCGGAUUGGAGUGCGAUUACGCCAAAUACUUUCCCUCCGAUGAACACAUCUCUACCUUUGUGAGGAGCUAUCGACGCGCAAUGCGAGCACAGCUUGAACGAAGUCACGCUGAGCUGAACAUCACAGAGGACAUCAUCUCCAACGAGCGGGCGUUGUUCUUCACUGAAAGCGCUGUACAAGAGGAGAAGGCAAUUCUACACUCAGUUGGGCUUCUGAAGUUACUUACGCUCUACUCGCACUUGUCGUGGAGCAUAUGGUCGCUACUACAGGAAGCUGUAUCUGCUCUCGAUGUUAAUUUCCUUGAGUACGGAAAGCUACGCUUGGAGCGCUAUUAUGAGACGAAGGAUAAUUUUUCUCAACCAUAUGUAAUAAAUUGA